AAAGCAAGGGUUUGGAUUCGCAGAAGAGAAUAAUAAUAAUAAUUGAUGAUCAGAAACAGGUUGAUAAUGAAAGCAUUAGCAUCAUUAUCAUCAUCAACACUCUCACUACGUUGCUGCAGCUACAAUAACAAGCCUUCACUCAAUCUCAACUCUCUCUUCGUCACUCGCCGCAGAUUCCACUCUUCACCGCCGAUUUCAAUGGCUUCUGCUUCCGUCAACAACGAACGUGCCCGUGCUCCACCCGCCAUUCCCUUCCCCCCUCCCCCUCUCUCCAAGUUCAAGAUCGGGCUGUGCCAGCUGUCUGUAACCGCCGACAAGGAGAAGAACAUCGCCCACGCCCGCCAAGCCAUUCAAGACGCCGCCUCUAAGGGUGCUCAGCUUGUUCUCCUCCCAGAAAUUUGGAACAGUCCUUAUUCCAAUGACAGUUUCCCUGUGUAUGCUGAGGAUAUUGACGCCGGUGGCGAUGCCUCUCCUUCUACUGCCAUGCUCUCUGAUCUCGCCCGUCUCCUCAAGAUCACCAUUAUUGGUGGUUCUAUACCUGAACGUUCUGGGGGAAACUUGUAUAAUACAUGUUGCGUAUUCGGCACUGAUGGAAAGCUUAAAGCCAAGCACCGCAAGAUACACCUUUUCGACAUGGACAUUCCCGGGAAGAUUACCUUUAUGGAGUCAAAAACUCUUACUGCUGGGGAGACUCCAACAAUUGUAGACACAGAGGUUGGGCGCAUUGGCAUAGGCAUCUGUUAUGAUAUACGUUUUCCUGAACUAGCAAUGAUAUAUGCAGCAAGAGGAGCUCACUUGCUAUGCUAUCCUGGGGCAUUUAAUAUGACAACUGGGCCGUUGCAUUGGGAGCUAUUGCAAAGGGCAAGGGCUACAGAUAAUCAGUUAUAUGUGGCAACCUGUUCACCUGCUCGGGAUACUGGAUCUGGUUAUGUAGCUUGGGGCCACUCCACUCUUAUUGGACCAUGGGGGGAAGUUCUGGCUACUACAGAACAUGAGGAAGCAAUCAUCAUAGGAGAAAUUGAUUAUUCAAUAUUAGAGCAGAGAAGGACACAUCUUCCUGUGACUAAGCAGCGACGAGGUGAUCUAUACCAAUUGGUGGAUUUUCAAAGGCUGAAUAGCCAUUAAUGGCGCAGGACUUUGUAUGAUUGGGAGAUAUACAUGUCUUAUUUGAAGCUUUUAUGUAGCAUCCAACAACCAUCUCUCUUGUUUUGGUUUAUCAUACCCUAUUUAUUGCUAAGUGUGAAUGCUCAAACCUUAAAGAGAA